GUUAGUUUUCCAGUUUAAACUGGAUAGCCCUCAGGAAUGAUGUCCUUUUGCCACAAUAUAAUUAAUAUUUCCUGUGUGAAAAGCAGCUGGUCAAAUGACGUCCGUGCUUCACUGUACAGUUUAAUGGUGCUCAUAAUUAUGACCACAUUGGUUGGCAAUCUAAUAGUUAUUAUUUCCAUAUCAUACUUCAAGCAACUUCAUACCCCAACUAAUUGGCUCAUUCAUUCCAUGGCCACUGUGGACUUUCUGCUGGGGUGCCUGGUCAUGCCUUAUAGCAUGGUGAGAUCUGUUGAGCACUGCUGGCAUUUUGGAGAAGUCUUCUGUAAAAUUCACACCAGCACUGAUAUUAUGCUGAGCUCAGCAUCCAUUUUCCAUUUAGCCUUCAUUUCCAUUGACCGCUACUAUGCUGUGUGUGACCCAUUGAGAUACAAAGCCAAGAUCAGUAACUUGGUGAUUUUUGUGAUGAUCUUCAUUAGCUGGGGCAUUCCUGCCCUUUUUGCAUUUGGAAUGGUCUUUCUGGAGCUAAACAUCAAAGGAGCUGAACAGAUGUAUUACAAGCACAUUCACUGCAUAGGCGGUUGCUCUGUCUUCUUUAGCAAAAUAUCUGGGGUACUGGCCUUUAUGACUUCUUUCUAUAUACCUGGAUCUAUUAUGUUGUGUGUUUAUUAUAGAAUAUAUUUCAUAGCUAAAGGGCAGGCAAGGUCAAUUAAUGAUGCAAAUCUGAAGCUUCAAAUUGGAUUCGAAGAGAAAAAUGGAAUUUCACGAAGCAAAGAAAGGAAAGCUGCAAAGACUUUAGGAAUUGUGAUGGGAGUUUUCGUAAUAUGCUGGUGUCCUUUCUUUGUCUGCACAGUCAUGGAUCCUUUCCUGGACUAUACUAUUCCACCCACCUUGAAUGAUGCAUUGAUUUGGUUUGGCUACUUGAACUCUACUUUUAAUCCAAUGGUUUAUGCAUUUUUUUAUCCCUGGUUCAGAAGAGCAUUGAAGAUGAUUCUAUUUGGUAAAAUUUUCCAAAAAGAUUCAUCUAGGAGUAAAUUAUUUUCAGAAUCAAAUCCAUAGAAUUAUUAUACUUCUCUGCUUUGCAAAAACAGAUGGAGACCACAUUUACAAGCACAACGUAAUCAACCACAUGACCAACUGCAGAGUCUUUUAUCAAUUAUUUGAGUCAAAGAAUGUAGGAUGAGAUAUAAUGCUUAUGUUUUGCUUUCUAUUUGGGAUAUGGUAGAUACUAUCUUUUCCAUUCUUACUAUACAUAUGUAGCUUUGCAAGUCCAGAAUUUAAGGUCCUGCAUUAAAAAAAAUACUUUCCUGCUUUUAUAUGAAUAGCCGGGAAAUUGACAGUGUUCCCUUACUCAGUGGUAGAAAAUAUGGGGCUGCAUUUGGUAAUGCAAGUUACAGUGACUUUGUCAUUCAUUUGCGUGAAUGUAUGUCUUUUGUAAAAUCAACUAAAAGUACACAUUAAAUGUUAUAUAUUAAAUAAUUGCUCAUACAUAA